CCCGUGUGACAUCACGGCAGCGUUAUGUAAAGGGCCGCCUCCAUCGUCUGCGCAACUUUGCAAUUCACACCUAGAGCUUCCCCCGCAAACAGCAGACAACACCAGCCAACAAGGAACCUAACGACCCAAACCAAACGACCGCACAUGUCCAUCCACAAAGCGCUUUCGAUCUUCUCCCGCGACCCGCCGCCCUACGAGCCCACCAAGGUCACGUACACGCUCCCGCCGUCGACGCACGACACACUGAUCACGUGCACGACGUCGUCGUCGCAGCCGAGCUACCACAUCCCCUCGCCGCUGACGACGCGGCUACAAGAGCUCAUCAUCUCGGGCGCGGUGCCCUCGACCUCGAGCACCUCCUCAUCCUCCCUCCCGCGCUACCGCGAUGUCUACAAGAUCAUGCGCCUCCCGUUCGUCGGCUUCCAGCUGACGUCGGGCAGCACGCGCGCGCAGUACCACCUCGUCGCCAGCGCGUUCCAGUCGCGGCCCAAGGAGCGCGGGUUGGUGUUCCUGCACACGCCGCUCGGGAAUCUCCGUACCGGCGAGGACAGGCCCGCGCUGAAGGUUAAGCACGACGCUAUUGAGGACGCGGUCACUGGUGAGGUCCUCGCUAGGGGGUUCAUGUAUAAAACUGGCGAGGCGGAGGUCAGGGCCCUCGAGCUGGCGGAGGGCUACGGCGAUGAUGCACGCAUGCGAGAGCUACUCAUUGCGGUCUGGAUCUGUGGCGUGUGGAAUUCGUCGCUCGAGAUGAAGAUGCUGGCUAGGCCGGCUAUGUUGUUUUAGUCGGGUGGAGGACGUUCUGGGAUAAAAAGUUGUAAUUAUUUUGGUAGGAGUUUUUUUUUUCUCUUGGGGUGGGGUUGAAGGGUUACGGCUGUGGAGUACUGGGGUUGGUUAUGAUUUUUGCGGGGCUAGGGUAGCUAGAGUAAUAGCAUGCACUCUAUGUAUUCCAGCAUAGCUGGCCAACCGGUUGAUGGGGUUCGGGAAGGACAACUGGAUGGAUUGGUGGUUGGGCCAGCCGUCGGGCCGCUCCCAAGGCCGGGGCAACGGUAUCUAACGGUAAUUGUGGCGCAUGUCCAUAGUAAUCAUCCACUCGGCUGUCAAUCUGUCGAUGUCUCGCGAUGAUACGAUAUAGUUGGUAUACCUACUCUGCACCGCGUGGGUACAUCCACUUCAGGACUGCACGACUUCAGGUUCCAUUCCAAAUACAUCCCCUUCAAGACUUCAGGUUCUAGUUAUU